AACAUCAUGAGAGCCAUUUGGUCACAGGGGGCAGCGUCUUGCCUGCAUUAGGAACCAGACUGGGAAAUAGCUGCCUCUCCACACUAUUUAAAGCUCUAGCAGUGGUGAGGACAACAUACAGAUUGCUCAGCUCAAUAGCAGCUUCACCCAAGUACACGUGUUAAGGGAUGAACUUUAGCAGGGAUGUGGCCCGGCAAACCAGUUGUUAUACUUAUGUCAUAGAGGAUGAUGAUCCAGCCCUGGCCAAAGUCAAUGUAUUUGAGUUGGCUGAGAGGGGUGACCUGGCUCUCCUGGACAACCUCGUGAGGAAGAGCCCAGAGGUCCUGAGUGAGAAAGAUGAAUGUGGAGCCAGUCCCCUUCAUCAUGCCGCCGCAGGGGGCCACGUCACCCUCAUCCAAUUCAUCAUCGCUGUCAUCGACUCACAGGAGGUGAACAGCUGUGAUGAGGAUGGCAACGUGGCCCUACACUGGGCAGUGGAGAAGAACAAGGCAGAGAGCUGCAGGGCUCUUAUGGACCUGGGGGCUGACCCCAACAUCCUCAACAAGGCCCUCAUGUCUCCUCUGCAUCUGGCUGUCAGCUGCGGACACAACAACCUGGUGGGGCUGCUGUUAUCCUACAACAUUACAGACUGCAAUCUACAGGGAGACCUUGAGAACACCCCGCUGAUUCUUGCCUGCUCCAUUAAUAACUGCGAGGCUCUCAGCAUUUUGAUAAAGCAUGGAGCGAAGCUUUGCAAACGAAACAAGCUCGGCCAUUACCCCAUACACGCUGCAGCCUUCGCAGGCGCAAAAAAAGCCAUGGAAGUGAUUCUGAAGGAAGGAGAGGAGUUCGGCCACGUAUGUGUGUCCCACAUCAACUAUUUAGACAAGUCCAACAGCAGCCCCCUCCAUCUGGCUGUACGUGGCGGGAAUAUGGAGACAAUCCGUCUCUGCCUUGCAUGUGGGGCAAAAGUUGACCAGCAACAGAAUGACAAGUCUACACCGCUUCAUUUGGCCUGCACCCAGGGUGCUAUUGAGGUAGUCAAACUGAUGCUCUCCUCUGUUGACCAAGUAGAAGACAUCAUCAACCUAACUGAUGGGGCGCUUCAGACACCUCUACACAGGGCUACAAUAUUUGACCACACAGAGCUGGCGGAGUACCUAAUUUCUUUGGGUGCUGACCUAAACAGCAUUGAUUGUAAAGGAACCUCCCCCUUGCUGCUGGCUACCAGCUGCGGCGCAUGGAAAACUGUGGCUCUGCUGCUGUCAAAAGGGGCAGAUGUAACUGUGAAAGACAGAUGCGGCUGUAACUUCCUUCACCUGGCGAUUCUGCAGCCCAAGGGCCUGAAAAAUCUUCCAGAAGAAGUGCUGCAGCAUAACAGUGUAAAGGCGUUGCUGAGCUGUGAGGAUAACGAGGGCUGCACCCCGCUCCACUACGCUUGCAGACUGGGCAUCCAUGACUCAGUGAAGAACAUGCUGGGCCUUUCGGGGCAGGUCGGCCUCGCGUGCAAGUCCAAGGACAAGAAGUCUGCCCUGCAUUUCGCUGCUCAGUAUGGGCGCAUCAAUACCUGUCAACGAUUACUGGAGACCAUCACAGACUCUCGCCUGCUAAAUGAAGGAGAUGAGCGGGGCCUGACACCACUCCAUUUGGCCUCAAAAGAGGGCCACAGCAAGGUGGUGCAGCUGCUGCUACGCAAAGGAGCCCUCUUUCACAGUGAUUACAAGGGCUGGACUUGCCUGCACCAUGCUGCAUCUGAAGGAUACACACGGACUAUGGACAUCCUACUGUCAGCCAAUCUCAAACUACUGGAUAAAACCGAUGAAGAUGGGAACACCGCAUUGCACUUUGCUGCAAGAGGAGGACAUGUGGCUGCAGUCCGGCUCUUACUAAUUCGGGGGGCAGAAAUCAUCCUAAGCAAGAAUCACACUUCAUUCCUCCAUGAAGCUCUGCAAAACGCAAAAAAAGACGUGGUGAAUGCUGUGAUUGACAGUGACAGAUGUUCUGAGGCUUUAAGAAUGUUCACACCCGGCAGCAUCCAGCGAUGUCCCAUUGUAGACAUGAUUGAGUUUUUGCCCGAGACCUACAAGCAUCUAUUGGACCGCUGUGUGAGGGAAUCUGAUGACGACCACAACAGCCCUGACUACCACAUUGAAUAUGACUUCGCAUGGCUCCAGGCUCCCCUUAUAGCAAAGAAGAUGUCUGACAAGAGCAUGAAGUUUGAGCCACUAGCUGCCCUCAAUGCAAUGGUGAAGUACAACCGCAUCGAGCUCCUCAACCACCCACUCUGCAAAAAGUAUCUGGCAAUGAAGUGGGUUGCGUAUGGGAGCACGGCUCAUGUACUCAACAUGUUCUUGUACCUGUUAGGGCUAAUGCCCUUAACUCACCUGAUUGUGACCUUAAGGCCCUCUAUGAACAUUACUGCCACGGGCAAGCACGAUAUCACCAUGGUGCCCAUAUCUUUCAUAGAGCAAAACCUGUUCCUGAGCUUCUGCAUGGUGAUGGUCUUGAUUAUGAACAUCUACUCAAUAGUGAAGGAAGUGGUGCAGAUAACACAGCAGCGCUGGAGUUACUUCAGGGAUUACUCCAACCAGUGUGACUGGAGCUCAGCCAUUUUCUCCCUUCUGUUCAUAAUCCCUCUCAUGCUCAAUUCAGAGGGCUCAUUACACUGGCAAGCAGGCGCAAUAGCAGUUUUAAACUCUUGGGUUGGAUUUCUCCUUUAUCUCCAGAGGUUUGAAGGAGUUGGCAUCUAUGUUGUGAUGUUUGGGGAGAUCAUGAGGACACUGUUCCGUGUUGUUAUGCUGUUCUUCUACCUGAUGUUAGCAUUCAGUUUGGCAUUCCAUGCCCUAAUGCUCAAUCAGAGAGAGUUCAGCAGUGUGCCACUCUCCAUAAUGCAAACCUUUGUGAUGAUGGUUGGGGAACUGAACUACCAGAAUAACUUCCUGGAUGCAAAUCUGAACCAUGAGCUUCCAUUUGGUCCUCUGACAUACUUUAUCUUUGUGAGCUUUGUUCUGCUCAUGCCAAUCCUGCUGGUGAACCUGAUGAUUGGUUUAGCAGUUGGAGACAUUGCUGAAGUUCAAAGAAAUGCUGCCCUAAAACGAAUAGCCAUGCAGAUUGACCUCCACACUGCUCUGGAAGACAAGCUUCCGUACUGGUUCAUGAAACGCGUAGACAAACCCUCUGUCAUCGUCUACCCCAACCGCAAAUGCUCCAGGCACCUUAUAAAGCAAAUACUCUUCGGCGAAGAGGAAACAAAUGAAGUCUGGAAUCGUCUGCAGUCCAAAUCACAGGGCUGCACUGUGAUAGAGACUGAGCUCAAAAAGCAGAAGCAAAGAAUGAAGGAGGUGUCCAACAUGCUGGAGAAGCAGCACUGCCUCCUGAAGCUCAUCAUCCAGAAGAUGGAGAUCACGUCUGAGGCCGACGAGUACGACGGCCCCGUGACUAUCAGGGGCACCGUGUGGCCCACUCUGAGUCACGUGAAACCAAGAGGACAGAGUACGUCUCGCUGGGUGCCACUGAUGAAGGCCCUCGAGUCCAAACGAAAGUGAAAGAUUUAAAGAAAAGCUACACAAUGUGGCCCAGGGAAUUGUCAAAGCCUUAAAAGUCAUGAAUAAGGUAGCAAAGGUGUAAACAUAUGUUAUAUUAAAAUGUCUCACUUGAAUCCAUUAUUUACAUAUUUAAUGUUGUUAUUUUAAUAAGUAGUUGAUGGACGUGACUACUGUAUGGUAUUUGAAAUCAAAGAUUAAGUGUUGAAUAUAGAAUACAAUUUAAAACUGUGGUAUUAGUGGUGUUGUAAUUUUUUCCACUGUCGACUGAAAGAGUAACAUUAUAAAUUUGCACUAAUGACCUGCUCAUAAAUGAAUGUCACUUUGUGGUGUGUAUUCAGUGUUGUCAUACCUUUAUUACAUACAAAACAGUUGUUUCUGUAGUACUGUAAUGAGUCUUUAUUUGCAACAUGUGUUCUUUUAUCUUCCAGAUAAGGUGUUUCACCUUCCUAUUUAUCUCAACCCAUCAUGAGCAUGAUUUUAACUAGUUUCAACUAAAACAUGAAGGAAUAGUUAUUUUGUGAUCAUGAAGUACAUCCAUUUUUAGCGAUUUCAGUUUGUUGAUUGACACCUGAGAUGCAGAAUUUACAGCUAAAAUAAGAGGAGAGAGGAAAUUUCCCAUGUGAGGACGAAUCAUCUGUCACUUCCAACUUGGAUUUGUAAGAAAAACUAAUUGCAGAAUUUGCAGAUAUUGCUGAUGACUGUUUUAAUUCCCUCAUCGCCAACCUAAGCCAGACUUCCCUGGAACAAAUUGCUGCUGCCAAGCAUAUUACAAAGUCCUCUAAAAGGUUUAAUCUAACACCAAAUUUGAUUCCUUUGCAGUAGCUUCCAUUCAAAUUCAGAAUCCAGUUGGAUGUUUUCUUGAUCACUUUUACACUUUUUUUGAAAAAGCGACUGCAGUUUACAACAGUUUCUUAGCGUCUUAUGGUGUCUUACACUUUUUUGAAGCAUCUGUCUUGUGUCUGAAAUGCCUCUAAUUCAUGUGUGUUGCUCCAUCUUUUAUUUACCUCGAUGGAAAUGUACUCAGUGGUACUUGCUCUUGUCAAAUAGUAUUUGAAUAAACAUGCUUACUUUAUCAGUGGCAUAGACAUUUUGUUGUAAACGUGAAUGUGUGAAAAUUGGAUUAUGUAGCACAAAUAAACCAUUGGGCAUGGUUUAAUGCAUGACACCAUAAUAAAAAUUCAAAAGCUU